UGGACUGUUGCACAUUUGUCAACUCGAAAAGUCAAAAUAUUUUCUAUCUUGAGGUGCAUUUCCCAUCGAACUCUUGAGUGGAGUGGUUGAUUUUCGUGGUAUUGGUGGUGCUGACAACAAUUCGUGCUUGAGUUUAUGGUUUCCUUAAACGUUCGUAGUUUCAGAGCCAUUACCUAUUCCGUGCAUUGUCCUGCUUGGUUUUCGUCUUCGAGUUCUUAUCUUCUUAUGGCCACACUGAUAUCGUUUGCCUUUAAGUUUAUGCUGAAGGCUGAGGCAAGAUUCCAACACUUGAUGCUAUAAAAUAUCUUCAACCAGGGGCGAAAUGACACAUCUUUUUCCGCCACAUAAAUAAGUAUAGUAAAAAGUGUAACAGCUUUCGCCUUCUAAAAACUUUUCGGUUUCACGUUUUUCAAAUCAGUGAUUAGUGUGAUCAGUAAAUUCACCGGGGCGUUGUAGACCAACACAAAAAGUAAGAACAAACUGAGAGCUACUUCUGAUCUCCCGCGAAAUGGACCCGGAAAGAAGGAGAGCGCACCGGAAAACUCCGUCUCUCCUCGAUAUAUCGUGGGAUGAUGUCUUGAUCCCACACCUGACACCGUACCUGUCCCUAAAAGAUCUCUUCAAUCUGCGCUGCUGCUCGAGGCUUUGCCAAAUGCUUGUGGAACAGAGUUUUGCCUAUCGCAAAAAAAUCAACUUUUCCGGAUAUAACUCACCGAAUAUUGCGGAAGCGUUUCAGGUGCUGAGCGAACAUUGCACGCGACUGGAUGAGAUCAACUUGGCUAAGUGUCUGUGGCUCACAGAUAAACUCCUGAUUCCUUUAUUAAACAAUAACAAGAAACUGAAAGUUGUUAAUUUAAAUGAAUGCACAUCGAUGUCUUCGGCGGGGCUACAACCUGUGAUAAUUGAGUGUAAUUUACUGAGGGUACUGAAGCUGUCUAAGUGCGAAUGGCUGACAUCGGGGGCAGUAGAUGCUCUAACGCUUCAUCACAGCAACUUGGUGGAGUUGGACAUUUCGCACUGCUAUUCUAUCGGGGAGCGAUGUCUGAUUAUAUUCUUCCGCAUGUUUGAUAAGCUGGAGAUACUGUCUUUGGCCCAUACGCCCAGCGUUACGGACUAUGUGCUGAUCCAAAUCGCCCACCAUUGCCCGAAAAUUAAGCAUUUGAACCUGAUUGGAUGCCAUAAGAUUUCUGAUUUGGGGAUAGAAGCUAUUGCAACGCACUGUAAGGAGCUUGAGUCACUAAUGAUUCAACGGUGCCCAAACGUCACGGAGCGGGUCCUGGGGCGGUUACGAGGAAGCGUUCAUAUCGACAAGCCACGGCAGUUCAACAAUUAUCCACUCUACGAUGCAAGGAUAUUCCUUCAAGUUUAAUUUGCCAAAAAGUAGAUUGUAGUAACUAAGCAGGCAAAGAAAUCUCUGCAGGCAGGUUGGAAAGAUGCUGAAUCCCUCGAGCAUUUAUUUCCGAAAAACGUUGAAUUUUUACUUUGGUGAAAUUGUAUUGGAUUUUAUAUUUGCAUUCUUGC